AUGUCGAUAGGCUAUGACGCCCGCUUUCCUUACCAGAACCAGACAAAGCACUGCUGGCAGAACUAUGUCGACUACCACAAGUGCAUUCUCGCCAAGGGCGAAGACUUCCGCCCUUGCAAACAGUUCUUCCUCGCUUACCGAUCUCUCUGCCCCAAGGCCUGGACUGACCGAUGGGACGACCAGCGUGCGGCCGGCAACUUCCCUGUUCGUCUUGAGUAA